UAUUGCGCAUCCGCAUUGCUAGCAACCGGAUCCCCACUGGCCGGCCUCCAGCACGGCGCAUCCCCAACCCUAGCAAGUGGAUCUCCAUUGCUCAAAAUCGCAUUGCCCGAGCUCCAGCACGGCGCAUCCCAAACUCUAGCAAGCGGAUCUCCAUUGUUCAAAUUGCAGGUUCAGUUCCAUCAAUAAGAUCUGGUUCCACAGCUGCUAUUCCGAUGACUAGCUUCUGCGGCUGCUGCUUGCUCGCUUGUACUACCCGUUACUAGAUUGUCGACCUCACUACACAUUUGUUCCGAACUGGUUAAAGCUCUGUUGCUUCCCCGUUUGUGCUAUCUGCUAACAGUUCAUUGAGCUCACUGCACAUUUGUUCAGACCUACUUACAAUCUGUCAAACCCUAUCUGCUUAAACAAUGAGAUCUACAUUUCACUAAGGAGUACACUAGAAACCUUGUGACUUCGACGGAACGUCUAAACCAUUGCUGAUUGUCGAUCCCACUACACAUUUGUCCUGAACUGGUUAAAGCUCUGUUGCUUCCCCGUAUGUGCUAUCUGCUAAUAGUCCAUUGAGCUCACUGCACAUUUGUUCAGCGCUACUUACAACCUGCCAAACCCUAUCUGCUUAAACAAUGAGAUCUACAUUUCACUAAGGAGUACACUAGAAACCUUGUGACUUCAACGGAACGUCUAAACCAUUGCUGUUCAUUGAGCUCGCUGCACAUUUGUUCAGAGCUACUUACAACCUGCCAAACCCUACCUGCUUAAACAAUGAGAUCUACAUUUCACUAAGGAGUACACUAGAAACCUUGUGACUUCAACGGAACGUCUAAACCAUUGCUGAUCAAGAUGGUUUUCAGUCCACUCUCAAGUUUACAACCCAGAGACUGGCACAAGACAAUCCAUGUACGCGUUUGCAGAAAAUGGGAAUUCCAUGGAAGCAAUGAAAAUGGUCCACUACAACACAUUGAUAUGGUUCUUGUCGACAACCAGGGAAAUACUAUGUACGCUGAGAUACCUGCAAAAGAAGCAGACAAGCUAGGACCUAUGAUUCAAGUGGACAGAACCUAUGUUAUAGCUCGCUUCAAAGUUUGCAAUGCAAAAAUUUUUUUCAAAUCUGUCCCAGGUCCCUAUAUGCUAGAAUUCACCUGCCAUACCAAAAUUAGUGCUGCAACCGAGCAAAUAACUGGGCCUAAGUAUAUCUACAACCUAACUCCUUUUGAAAAACUCCCAGAAUUCAUCAAUGACACCAAAAAAUUCCAUGAUAUCCUUGGCAUUAUAACAGAAAUCAAUGAACCAGAGUGGAUCCCCUUCUCCAAUCAGCCUAAUCCUUCCCUACGACGUGACAUCAAGUUGACAGAUGGAUGCGGCCAAGACAUAAAAAUGGCAAUUUGGGGUUCGAAAGCAACACAAUUUAAUCUUCCUGAAGAUCCAAAUACGGAAGACAGACCAGCUAUAGUGCUAUUCACAGGAUGUCUAGUGAAAUACUAUCAAGAAAAUUUUUAUGUUAGUGGAUACUCUGCAUGCCAUUGGUAUAUCAAUCCUGACAUACCAGAAGCAGGAAACCUACUAAACAGAACACAUGGUCAAUCUUACAAGAUUAAAAGAUCCGGUAUUCCAAUUGCUCAACAAAGCCAGCCAGAACCUCCACCUGUACCUGAUUUCCUCACGCUACAGGAAAUGGAAGCUAUAGAUCCAUACGAAUUUCCGGCAACUGGAUGCCGAUGCACUGUUACAAUUGUUCGUUUAGUUGAAACACAAAAUUGGUGGUACCCAGCUUGCAACUUAUGCAAGAAGUCAUGCCUACCAGAAGGUUCAUCUUAUAGAUGUCCAAAAUGCAACAUAUUGGACAUGUACACAUACAAAUACAAGCUGCCAUUUUUUGCUUCCGAUGGAACUGAAGAAUCAGAGAUGAUUGCCUUUGCUGCUGUUGCUCAAUCCAUAGUUGGCAAACCAGUUGAAACUGUGAUGAGAUCAAUAAGAAAUAGAGACAACAUUCCUCCUGAUAUUGCUGCCAUUAUAUCCUCAAAAUUCACCUUCUCUGUCGCAAUGGCAGAAUCUAGCUUCAGUAAAUCAAAGAAAUCCUACCAAAUCAACAGCAUAUUGCACAAUUAUGGGAAACAACGUGCUCUACCAUUCCACGGUCCAAAUCAAGCUCAACUGUCAGAUGAACAUAACCAGUUAUCUGCCCAGCCUAGUGCAAGUACUUCUCCAUCAUACAUUCCUCCUGGUAGUUCUCAAAAUCCUCUCCAUGAAACUCCAACCAAAAUACUACCACUAGAUCAGAUCCUCCUGCAAACUCCACCAAAAAACAUAGAGAUCCCUAAAAACGGCAAAGGAGAUGACAAUAUCGUUGAUCCUACACCAUCAACCGAAGCAAAGUCAGCAAAGAAAAGACUGCACAUUUCAGAAAGAGAUGAAGAAAAGAAUGGAGAAGAACCAUAUUCUCAAACAACUCCUGACCAAGAGAUAGCCCAACAAACAAAUCUUAACAGGCAAAGCAACGUGCAGCGAACAGCGGCACCGCCUGCAGAAAAGAUCAGUUCCUCCAGAAGCUCAAAGAGCCCUAAAAAAUGACAAGAUCAGCAUUUUGUCAGCUUUCCCCGUCUUACCACUGGACACUACCUAGCAACCAACAGUCGACAAAGCUGUGGCAGCGCCAGGACUUUGAUCUUGCCAAUCAAGAUUAAAAAAUAGAGUACUUAUAUAUAAACUAAUGACUACUGUUUGUCAAACCAUCAGUAUGGUAGUUGUAUAUCAUAUGCCUAA